GAUGGCGCCGCGGUGAAGUCAGCGGUGAACACUGGGUUGCGUGCGGGCUUUUGGUCGGCGGUGAUUCGGAAUGGCUUCAAAGCUGGAAGAGGACCUCUGCUGUGCUGUGUGCACGGAGAUCUACAAGGACCCCGUCAUCCUGUCCUGUAGUCACAGCUUCUGUAAAGUCUGUCUGCAGACGUUCUGGAAAACCAAAGGAUCCAGAGAAUGUCCAGUCUGCAGGAAUAAGUCAUCAAUGUCCACGUAUUCCUUCCUCCCAAACCUGGCGUUAAAGAACCUGUGUGAGACCUUCUUACAAGAGAGAGAUCAUACGGACGUGCUCUGCAAAGAGCACAAAGGGAAAUUAGAGCUCUUCUGUCGAGAUGACAAACAGCUUGUGUGCCUGGUGUGUCUGUGCUCAAAAUUACACAAACAGCACAACUUCAGUCCUGCUGUGGAAGCAGCUUCUGAGAUGAAGGAGGAGCUCAAGGCCAAACUGCAGCCUCUACAGGAGAAGCUGAAGGAGUUUGAGGAAGCUAAAGUUACCUGUGAUGAAACAGCAGAGUACAUUAAGACUCAAACCCAGAACACAGAGAAGCAGAUCAAGGAGGAGUUUGAGAAGCUUCACCAGUUUCUACGAGAUGAAGAGGCAGCCAGGAUAGCUGCACUGAGGGAGGAAGAGGAGCAGAAGAGUCAGAUGAUGAAGGAGAAGAUUGAGAAGAUGAGCAGAGAGAUCUCAUCUCUUUCAGACACAAUCAGAGCCAUAGAAGAGGAGAUGAAAGCUGAUGAUAUCACAUUCCUGCAGAACUACAAGAGCACAGUGGAAAGAGCCCAGUGCACACUGCAGGAUCCAGAGAGGAUUUCAGGAGCUCUGAUCAAUGUGGCAAAACACCUGGGCAACCUGAAGUUCAGAGUUUGGGAGAAGAUGCAGGAGACUGUUCAGUACACUCCUGUGACUCUGGAUCCCAACACUGCAGACCCUGAACUCAUCCUGUCUGAGGAUCUGACCAGUGUGAGAAGUGCUGAUGAGGAGAAACAGAUUCCUGAUAACCCAGAGAGAUUUGAUGAGUAUCUCAGUGUCCUGGGCUCUGAGGGCUUUAACUCAGGGACUCACUGCUGGGAUGUGGAGGUUGGAGAGAACAAAGAUUGGGAGAUCGGUGUGAUGACGGAGUCUCUUCAGCGGAAGGGAGACUACACCUUCACGACUGGACAGUGGUGUGUGUGGUAUAAUGACGAUGUAUAUAGAGCACGUGCUCCACCACAGUCCUGGACUUUCCUCACAGUGCAGCAGAAACCUCAGAGGAUCAGAGUGCAGCUGGACUGGGACAGAGGAGAGCUGUUAUUCUCUGACCCUGAUAAUAACACACACCUACACACUCUCACACACACUUUCACCGAGAGAGUGUUUCCAUACUUCAACGGAUUUCCUCUGAAGAUCUUACCAGUGAAGGUGUCCGUUACAACAGAGCAGAACAGUUGA